UCACGGGUUCUGGAACCGGCACAAUUUAGAGAGAAGAGAGUCGAUGUGAGAUUGGUGGCCCCACUAGCCUCGUCCAUCCAUCAGAAUGCCGUUUUCAUACUAGUAACGCCGACGAGAUUGAUCAAGUAUGAGGGAGAAAACAGUAACAUCCUAGAGAAGACAAAAGCCACUCAAAUAUGUAUACACAUAACGACCAAGUCGGAUUUGUUUUGUACUGCAUCGAAAGCAGAAAACGUAUCAGGAUGUCCAAGAGAUUUUAUGGCUCUGCUUGGUGGUGGUGAACCGGAUUUCGAUUUGCCACGGAAUACAAUCGAACCAUUUGAAAAUGUUAUCGCUAAAACGAAUCUCGUUCUCCGAGUCACCGAUGACUAUAAACUCCAGUCUGUGACUCUGAUUUUCGACUUUGGCUCAGAAGUGUACGUAUGGAGUGGACGUAAUGCCCGGAAAACCACUGGACGUUAUGCCGUGGAGUACGCCCAGCAGUUGGUACGCAUUCCUGGCUUAUUGCCAAAUACCGUACUACUCAAAAAUUGCCUGUUUGCUGCGAAAUUCUCAGAUUGGCAAACUAGCGAGACAAAGAUCUACAGUACACCUAAACCUUUCCAACCAGAGGUAAAAUUUACGGAUCGAUGGAACCUGAUUGAUUAUUGGACUCAACUAACGAUGACCCUUUUUCAGAUCCCUCUGCAUUGCCCAGACGAGAAGCUACAUGCCCAAGACCAAGAGCUGACCCGUGAAAUGAAAGAUGUUGUCACCGAAAGUGUGACAUUUUGGCAACUGAUUGGUGAAGAAUUGGAGCCCAUCGAACAGACGAAUGUUUUUGUCGACGAUAGCUGCUAUGUGAUACGUUGGCAGUACCGAAUUCAAACUUCAGGAAUUCGUCGUCUUCGUUCUGGUCAGCUGUCGGAAAAGGAAACAGGUCGAGAACGAGUAGCGUUCUUCUACUGGCUCGGUGCCAAGACGUCUCCGAAGCAGCAAGGGUUAUGUGCUGUACGAUUGUCACAUAUGGACAAAGAAAAACAUCAACAUGUUCGUGUUGCCCAUCUUUCGGAGCCUCCAUUGUUUCUCAGCCUCUUCCAUGGGAAAUUCAUCGUUCGGCGUUCAGAGUCGGAGACGUCUACUACGCGGGUAUUUUUCGUUGGUGGAUGUUCAUCAGCUGAAAGUUAUGCCAAUGAGAUCGAUGCGACUCCACCACUUCGAUCCCAUGCCGUCUAUCUGAGGGUCGCUCCAGAAUCAAUCACGGUUAUCGCCGGUUUUUCAAGUAGUUGUAGUAAUGAUAAGAGUCACAAUAAUAGAUUGAUUACAUUACAGGAGUCUGUACGUAUAGAAACGCAAACGGAAGGCGAGGACCCCAAGAUUAAGUGGAUCAAAGCUGUUGGCAGGACGAAGACUCCUCGUCUCUUUCGAAUCUUCGAAUUUGAAGCUGCCGAAGUUCUCAGCGCUCAGUACCACCAGUACUGCCCAUUUCCAGCUAUACAGGCUGCCCUCGUAGACACCAUCCUUGUCGAUGUCGGUGACCGGUUAUGGAUUUGGAACGAGCGUACUCCCACGACCUUCGCUCUGCGAGUUGCGGAUCUGUAUUGGAAAGGCAGGACGGGCGACGUUACGGUGAUUGGAAAGGGCAAAGAGCCAGAAGAGUUCAUGGCCCUUUUUGCUGAGUGGAAUGAAUGGCCCGAGGGAUACGAUCCACAGUCGCCACCAAGACCUCUCAAGGUAUCCCAUCUCUUCACCGAAAGGACGCAGACGUUCACCGUUGAAGCACUUCGAUCACGAACAUCUCUUCCAGAAGGGAUUGACACGAAAAACUUGUUACAGUAUCUCUCAUCAGAAGAUUUCCGAAGCGUUUUCUCUAUGUCUGAAGAAGAAUUCGCAAAAUUACCUGCAUGGAAACAGAUUCGAUUAAAAAAAGAGGCAGGAUUAUUCUAA